AUGAAUGAGAGAGAUACGGAGAAUUCGCUACUUUUGGACUUGACUCAAAGUGAGGAAAUCGAGGAGGAAAAAGAAGGGAAAUGCUCAAAAUACUGUAAUCCUCUGGUAUCAAUCAUCAUUUUUCUCGUCGCUCUAUUGAUUGUUGUGUUGGCAUUAGUUGUGUUUUGGAAGAUGGAAGUGCCUGAGAAGACUCGUACUCAAGUAGUUGGAUUCAAUCAAUCUCAGAUAUCUGGAUCGAUAAAGACAAGAGAGGAAUGUACAACUGCAGAGUGUAUCACGUUGUCUAGUACAUUGCUAAACUGGCAGAAUCCAAAAAUAGAUCCAUGUGAUGAUUUCUAUGAACACUCCUGUGGGAAAUAUCACGAGCAUACAAUGAAUGACGGGACACGUGUCAAUGAGAAGGAUAGGAUCGUAAUAAAGCUAAUACAACACUUUCUUCUCUCUAACCAAUCUGCUAAUACCGCAUCUGAAAUUGCAAUGAAGAUAAUGUACAGAUCUUGUGAAAGAAGUCUGCAGCCAAGGAAUAUAAUAACUUAUCGAGAGGCAAUCCAAAAGGAGGUCUUCCUGAACAUUAAGAAAAUUGGAAACUGGCCGAUGGCGAAUAUGACCUGGAAUGAGUCAGAAUUUAGUCUUAACGAUAUGAUAGCAAACAUGGCAAAACUUCAUAUGCUUCAUUAUGGUUUUUUUGAGGCUGGAAUUCUAGAUUAUCCAAUAGAUGCUGCACCCAAACAACUGAUGAUUCGACCGGCUAGAUCGCGAUUCGAUAUGUUCUUGCCCGAGUUUACUCAUGUUAUAUCUGAGUUACUCCGAUUAAGUAAUGUCACCUUUCUCAACGAAACGUUGACAAAAGAUAUACAAGAUGGUUUGAAUCUUGAUACGGAGCUCGGCAAAUUCCGUAUCCCUGAUCGUGAACCCGAGUCAGUGACUGUAAAAGAAUUGAAGAAAGCUGUUCCAGCCAUCGACUUCGAAAGAAUCCUCAAAACUUUAUUGAAUCCAGAAAGAGGGAAUUGGACGAAUGUGAAGAAUAGAACAACUGCUGCCAGAUUUGAGUCAUUUUUCAAUCCAGAGAAAAAUAUUUCAUCAAUAAUCUCCAAAACAAAGCCACGUGUUAUGGCCAAUUAUCUCAUCAUGAAGUACAUCGAGCACGCCUACAUUUAUUAUUCCAUGCGUUUCAGAUAUGCCUCAAAGUACUCCCACUGUUUAGAGUUAACCAUCAACCUCCUCCCUCGUGCUGCUCUCCGUGUCUUUGUCAGAAAUCAUUACAAGAAAGAGAAUAUGGUAGUGGCUUCAAAAAUGGUUGAGAUUAUAAAGGAUGCCUUCAUUGAAAUGUUUGAAAACUCAACGUGGCUCCAUGAGGAAACUCGAAAAGCUGCAAUUCUGAAAGUGAAAAAGAUGAAUAAAGUGAUUGGGUAUACAGAGGAAUAUGAGAGAGAAGGAGCAUUGGAUCAGCAAUUUGAAACACUUCAUCUGACCCCGGAGGACUCAUUUUUUACCAUAAUGACUAAAGUACAUCGAUUCAAAACGGAGCAACUCAUGGAAUAUGUGUCUACUAACUCGUUGCUCAACCCGAUUGAUUCACUCGUUGUAACCAAUGCAUUCUAUUUUCCAGGCAAGAACUUGCUGAGUCUCCUCGCCCCAUUCCUCGACAAGCCACACUUCGACGCUCAUUACCCCCGCUACGUGACGAUGGCUGGUGUUGGAAGAGUUAUUGCUCAUGAAAUUGGUCAUGGAUUUGAUACAGAAGGACGACAUUCUGAUGAAACUGGACAGUAUAGAGAUUGGUGGACACCUGAAGAUUCUGCUGAAUAUGACAAGCGUGCCUCUUGUUUCCAAAAACAGUUCGACGAAUUCAAGGAUCCAUUUCUCGGAGAAAUGCAGCAAGGACUCGGAGUACUUUCGGAAGUUAUUGCAGAUGCAUUGGGAAUGGAAGCCACGUGGAUUGCAUUCAAGAAGUUGGAUCUGUCGAACGAGCAAACGUUGAUCAAGUUUGGAGAUCAGGAUCAAGAUUUCAAGAAGCUUUUCUUCCGAGCUGCUGCUCUGGCAAGAUCUAUCUAA